GUCCUCUUGUUCUCAAUCAGUCAACGGCUCGGAGUGUGAUAGCUGCUAUGUGUGCAUAGAUGUGCGAAACCUCUGGAAUAUCCCAUAGCUGGAGAGGCUGCAAGCGACCAGCGUGGAGGAACGAGUCUAUUCUACCGGCUAGAAGGAACUAAGGGACGGCGAGAGCAUGGCGGUAGAAGAAGAAGGUCUGCGGGUUUUUCAGAGCGUUAAAAUAAAAAUAGGAGAAGCUAAAAACAUCCCUCCAUACCCAGGACCGAACAGGAUGAGGGACUGUUACUGCACUGUCAACCUGGACCAAGAAGAAGUCUUUAGAACAAAGAUUGUUGAGAAGUCCCUCUGUCCGUUCUAUGGAGAGGACUUCUAUUGUGAGAUCCCGCGGAGCUUCAGACAUCUUUCUUUCUAUAUAUUUGACAGGGAUGUCUUCAGGAGGGACUCAAGUAUUGGUAAGGUUGCAGUGAAGAAAGAAGACCUACAGAAAUAUCACGGUAAAGACACCUGGUUCCAGCUCCAGCCUGUCAGCGCUGACUCAGAGGUGCAGGGAAAAGUGCACCUGGAGCUCCGUCUCAGUGAAGUCAUUACAGACAAUGGAGUCAUCAACCACAAACUAGCCACGCGAGUGCUGGAGUGCCAAGGUCUUCCAAUCGUCAAUGGCCAAUGUGACCCCUAUGCUGCUGUCUCAUUACUUGGCCCUUCCAGGUCAGAAGCAAAGAAAACCAAGGUGAAGAGGAAAACCAACAACCCGCAGUUUGAUGAGACUUUCUAUUUUGAGGUUACACGGCCUUUGAGCUACACAAAGCGACAGUUUGAUGUCGAAGAGGAAGAUGUGGACAAACUGGCUCUGAGGGUAGACCUGUGGAAUGCUAGCAACUUGAAAUUUGGUGAUGAGUUCCUGGGAGGAGUGAGAGUUCCCCUAAGAGUUCUGGGUCAGUCUGGAGUACAUGAUGCAUGGUACUAUCUCCAGCCUAGGGAAAAUGGAGGGAAGUCUGUCAAGGUGGAAGAGCUGGGAUCUCUGCGCCUGAACAUUGUUUACACUGAGGACCACGUCUUCCCUUCAGAGCACUACACCCCCCUCAGAGAUUUGUUGCUGUACUCUGCCAACAUACAGCCUGUGUCGGCAUCCACGGCAAACAUUCUGGGGGAGGUGUGUCGAGAGAAGCAAGAAGCCGCUAUACCGCUUGUUCGUCUCUUCCUCCACUAUGGCAAGAUUGUGCCUUUUAUCAGUGCCAUUGCUCACGCUGAAGUUAACCGUACGCAGGAUCCAAACACCAUUUUCCGGGGAAACUCGCUUACCUCAAAAUGCAUCGACGAAACCAUGAAACUGGCAGGGAUGCAUUAUCUGCAAGUCACUCUCAAACCAAUCAUAGAUGAGAUCUGCGCAGAACACAAGCCCUGUGAAAUUGACCCAGUUAAGCUCAAGGAAUCGGAAAACCUGGAGACAAAUCGAGAAAACCUUCGUCACUAUGUCGACCGUAUCUUUAAUGUAAUCACCACCUCUGGCGUUCGCUGUCCCACUGUCAUGUGUGACAUUUUCUUUUCACUGAGAGAGUCUGCUGCCACGCGUUUCCAAGUGGAUCAAGAUGUCCGAUACACAGCAGUGAGCAGUUUCAUCUUCUUGCGUUUUUUUGCUCCGGCCAUCCUAUCGCCCAAUCUCUUUCACUUACGGCCGCACCAUCCGGACCCCGCCACCUCAAGAACACUUACACUUAUCUCCAAGACUAUCCAGACAUUAGGAAGUCUCGCCAAGUCAAAAUCUGCCAAUUUCAAAGAGUCCUACAUGGCAGCAUUUUACGACUACUUCAAUGAGCAGAAGUAUGCAGAUGCUGUCAAGAAUUUUCUGGACCUCAUAUCCACUUCAGGGAAGUGGGAUCAAAAGAGUAUUGAAACACCUAUCAUGCUCAAAGAGGGGAGUGUAAAGGUCACUAUAAAAAGGGUUGAUGGGAAGGGGUCAAAAGGCACCAAGGGCAGAUUUAUGAUAAAGAGAGCACAAGGAAGGAAUCGGUUUGGAAUGAAGAACUUUAAAAAAAGAUGGUUUCGUCUCACCAAUCAUGAGUUCACUUAUCACAAAACAAAAGGAGAGGGAGCUUUGUGCAGCAUUCCCAUAGAGAACAUUCUGGCUGUGGAAAGGUUGGAGGAGGAGUCAUUCAAGAUGAAAAAUAUGUUCCAGGUGAUCCAGCCAGAGAGGGCACUCUACAUCCAAGCCAAUAACUGUGUUGAGGCGCGAGACUGGAUCGACAUCUUAACCAAAGUCAGCCAAUGCAACCGCAAGCGUCUUAGCACCUAUCAUCCUUCAGCCUACCUCAACGGCCACUGGCUCUGUUGCAAGCUCUCUGCUGAUGCAGCGCCUGGCUGUACGCCCUGCACCGGCGGCCUCCCUGCCAAUAUCCAGCUGGACGUAGAUGGAGACAGAGAGACUGAGAGGAUCUAUUCCCUGUACAGCACAUACAUGACCAAACUUAUCAAGAUGCAAGAGGCCUGUGGCAGUAAGUCUGUGUACGACGGACCUGAGCAAGAGGAAUACUCCAGUUUUGUUAUUGACGACCCCCAGGAGACAUACAAAACUCUGAAGCAGAUAGUUUCAGCUGUGCAGACCUUGGAACAGCAGCACACCAAGUACAAACGAGACAAGUUCAAGAAAACCAAGAUAGGCAGCCAAGAACAUCCGAUAGGGGACAAAAGUUUCCAGUGUUACAUCCGCCAACAGUCAGAAAGCUCCACCUAUUCCAUCUGACCUCUUUGAGCUUUUUCUGUGAUAUUCGCAACCAGCACGCUGGCCAUGACAAAAAUCAACAUUUGGAAGAAGCUUUCACUUGCCGUGCUGAGUUCAGGGGAAAUACACAGAACAGGACGGAACAGUGGCGUGCUGAAGAUGCAUCACUCCACACACAGUAUAUGGAGAAACAGACGUCAGGUCAGAAAAAGAAAGGAGUGCAAGAACUUCACAAACUCUUCAUCCUUUCUGUGAUGUGAUGACAGAACAAACCUUUUCACUGGACAGCUUUUACAGUGAACGACACGCACUUUAAUUGCCUCCAAAUUAAUGCACGAACAAGACUCGUAGCACAUUUUUCAAAAACUAAAGCUCUGGUUUGUCCUUGGUGUAAUAUUUCCUUUUACAUUACAUCUGGCUGACCAAAACCUCUGAAUGAUCAACAGUAUUUCCUGUUUUUAAUGGGCACCUACUUGCAUAGGAAUAUCUUUGAGGACCACAACAAGGAAUAUCCGAGACCACAAGCAGCCCGGUACCACAGAGGUGUGAGAGAAAUCACACUUGCACCAACUGUCAACAUUUAUUAUCCAUGUGCUAACAGAUGUUUAGCUUUUAGUUGCUGUAGUGUUUUGAUGUCAUGCCCUGGCCUGCUGUGAGCGUUGAACUUAAUCCAGACAAAAACCUGGAAAGCUAUUUUGGUUUUCUCUGCAAGCUUUGCCUGAUUUCAUUGUUGGAGGUCUUAGACAUUAUGAUGGAGAAUGGUCUUAAGUUACAUACUAGGUAAGUGCUUUACCCUUCUUCUGAAAUCCUAUUUUCAGGCCACCAGUACAUAAUACUUUUGGUAGCAGAUUGGAUGAUCAUUUAUCCAUGCAAUGCAUGCAGAUAGCAUAUUUUGCAGAAAGUACAAAGGUCAUCUGACUUCAUUAACAAAUAUUGGUGUCCACAAGAGCGUUUUUGUAGUGGAAUUGGAGUUUGGUCAUUUCAUCUGAAAUUCCAACAAAGGUUGGGAUACUGUAACUUUAAAAUGUAUGCAGAGAUGACUGUGUAAUGUGUCUCCUUUUUUUCUUAGUUUGAAGACAGAAGACAAACUAACCCUCAACUAUGACCGUUGCGACAUUUUCACAUAUUCUCAAGUGAAUGAGAGAUGUCUUAAGCUUUACUACUACUUAAUACGUCUAUUGACAUUCAACCCAUUUCAAAUUAUUAUUGUGAAAUGGUAAAGUUGUUGCUAGCUGUGUCGCCUAUUGCCAUCGUUAUGACUUUGUUUUAGCACUGUAGCUGUGUGUUGUCAUGGAUACAUUGGCCUCUCGUGUCAAAUAUAUUUGAGAUACUGCCUGUUGCCAAGCUUGCCCAUCAGCACCUUGUAUUCCGUUGAAGGUACUGGAUUUUAAUCUUGCUAACAUUUUUGUGUCCAUGUUGUCCCUGUAACCUUUCUUUGACUAAUUCAUCAUCAUUAUUACAUCAUUAUUUUUUUCUUGCCAAAUCAGUGCAUGUGUAGUCACCUCUGUGCUAGCAGGUGAAAUGAGACCAAUCACAUCCUUUUUUUAGUAUCUCCAAAUGUAAGCACCCAGUUGUGUACCCUCAGUGGUGGUCAGUGCCAGUCUUCAUUGAUUUUAUGUAAUAUUUUUUUAAAAACAAAAACUCAAAUGCAUUACAAUUUAUCUGUUUUUAUGAACUUGACACCUUGUCAUACAGACAUGUUCCUGUGCAUCUGAAGUGAAUGACUGAAAUGUUUUUUAAUAUAUGUGCUUGUGAGUGUAUGUGUGCAUCAAUAUGUAACUGACUUGCCAAGUGAAUUAACCCAGUGUUACCGGUGAGAAGGCAGUGUGCCAGUUGUGAAAUAUAUUUAAAAACAACACUGCCUGUUUUGAUUCUAAUAAGACUACGGCAACUGUUUUUAUUGGUUCAGUUCUUAGUACUGUAUGUGGAACUACAGUUAUAAACCUAUUGAUUCUAUCCAAACAUUUGACUUGUGUGCACUAACGCCUCAGGUUUUGAGUAGAAAUCACACACAACUGAGCCCAUUGAGUCACAUUACGUUUUUUUUUUUUUUUUUUACAGUCUUGCAGAAAUCAGCUAAGUUUUGGGGCAAAACCGUUAAAGGUAACGGCACAUUUCCUGGCCCUGAAGCCAAACAAGAAGUGAUUGUAAUGCAAUAAUGUUUCCCCCCCACUUUGCAAUAAUGUUGUACUUAUCCCAUGAAUUUGCAAAUUAACAACACAUAUUUUGUACAAAUAUUUUAAAAGCAAACUGAGCUUAUUGUAAGUGUACAUGUAUAUAUACUGUGGGAUGAAUGGUGAAAUGUAUUGUACUUUUUCCCUUAACAAAAUGAAAAUAUUAAUUCAAAUGUGGUGUCUCAUUUGUCAAAAAAGUGGGUUCAGCGACUUAGUUUGUUUUUUAUGCUUUUUUUCAAAUGCAAGAAUUAGCUAACUGUUCAGUAUGAACGUCACUUUGAAUAACUCGUGCAACCUAGAUGUUGCCAUUUGGUCAGGUUUAUUUUCAAAUGCAAAAGAACAGUAUGUAACAUUUACAAGAAAUAGUCUUUUAAUUCGUGUCCUCAUCUUGAGGCUAUAAUGUUCUCUUGUAUUAGAAACAGUACUAGAUAAAGUGUCCUCCUGUUUUACUUUAAACUGUUUAAACUACUUCAUCGUGUUCUCUGAUGACUUCCUAACAUCUUUCAGAUGAUUCAAGGGCGGACGGGUUUGUAAAAUGCUGGGCCAACGCAGUACAUAUUUGUAUAUAUUACACAAGUCUUUGGACUUCUACUGAAAGUAUGGUAAACUCCUUUAACCAGAAAUUGCUGUUGUCCCAGAGAAUACGGGUGAAUCUGGAGGGAUGCUUCCAACAAGGUGAAUAAAAGUUAAAUGAAAUAAUUAAUGACUAUAACACUAUCCAAUUAAAAUAUGUGUAUGAAUGUCAGCUGAGGAAUCUAAUUGGAUACCGAGCAAGUACUCAAAACUCUGGAAAGUAAAGUCAUGGUGUAAUAGCUUUUACUGGCGUCAUCUUACUUUUGCUUGUCUUGUGAAAAAUCUAGUAAUUUGUGGCCAAUAUUUGGGGUGAGAUGAAUCGUAA